UUUCUGAAAUUUCUGUUUUCCGAUCAUUCAUUUACGCUGAUUUAAUUUCAAUAACAAAAAAAUCUUCAUACUAUAUAAUUAUAAUAUAGAAUAAAGCCAACAAGUCUAUACAAUUGAAGUAAAGUUCAAUCAUCCUUAAUAUAAAAUACAAGAAAUUCAUCACUAAAAAGCAAAAAACACGACGAUAGCAUCAAUAACAACAAAACAACAGUAAUAACUAAUAAUACGAAAGAACACGAAAGCUUACGGUACAUACAUAUAUAUUUAUUUUAAAUUACGACAACAACAAUAAAACGAGAGAGGAAAAAUACAAUAGUAAACAUGGAAUCUGCAAUAAAUAUUAUAUAAUAUAUCAAAAGUUAAAAAAGAAUUCUUUUUAUUAUCAACAUCAUCAUCUCAUUCCAGGAAGGAUACAAUAUUCUUCUCUGAAUGUUAUGAAAAAGGAUUUCAAUCCUAUAGUAACAAAAAAGAAACAAGAUUAUAAUAAUUUAUAUGAAGUGAAAUAUUGUACUCACAUAAACCCAUACAAAAGUAUAUUGAAAUUGUUAUUUUUUUGCGCCUAAAUAUAUGUAAUAUAUAACACAAGAAGAGCACGAUUAUCUUUUGCUACAUUGUGAGUCUUUAUAGUCUUCCGGGAAAGAAUAACAAAAAAAAAAAAAUAGAUCUCUGAAUAUAAAAUAUACCCCUUUGUAACAAGUACAUAUAUAAAGAAGAUAGUGACAUAUUUACAAGUAUAAAAGUGACGUAAAUAAAAGAAGGGAAAUAACAGAAGAGGAAAAUAACAAAAGAGGAAAAUAACAGGAAAAACAAAGAACAUAUUAUACAAAACAAUUAUUACGAAAUCAAAACUUUCUUAUCAUUCGAACGCGACCCUCUUACCUAUUUUAAAAUAACAGAAAGUUAAACCCAGCAGAAAAUCGAAGAAAAUAAUAAAAGAAACUCAGAAAUAAUCAAAAAAUAAAAUAAGAAAAAAAAAACAAGAACUUGAAAAUGAGAAGACACAAUAAAUUUUCUUAUUAGACCAGUCAACCUCAUUUUUAUUCUUCACUUCUUCUUUGUCACCACACACCACAAUUCUUACAAAUUCAGCCUAUAUUUUCAUGUAUUUAAGGAUAAUACAUAGUAUUUUCAACAUCAAUCAAAUAUUAUAAAUAAAAUAUAAAGUCGACUGACGGCGAAUAUUAUUUUGUUGUGUGCAAAACAACAGGAUCACAGAAUCAAGUAAAAGAAUUUAAGUUGAAAAAUAAAAUCUAUUAUUAGUGCGUAUAUAGAGAGGAAAAGACCUCAAUUCAAAAGGAAAGUGAAAAAUUAUCAGUGAAAAAUAAUAAAUCUAGUGAAGUUUAUUGAUUUCAUUCUUAAAAAUCAUUAUAAACGAUUUUAAGUUCUAUGGAAUGUAGCAAGAAAAUAUCAGAAAAUAUAAAAUAAGAGCGCGAAAUCUUAAAUUUCAACUACAUAUAAAAAUAUUUGCAAUUUCACCAAAACAAAAAAAAAAAACAACCAACCAUUGAACAAAUAAUAAAAAGAUCAUAGAUUAAAAAAUUACAAUUGAACGUAUAUAGUAAAUCCGAUUUGAAAUUUCAAAAGGAUAUUUAUAAAACACAAGGAUAUUGAAAAAAAAAAAAAAGUAUUUUAAAAACCAACUAUCGACCAGACAACAAUUAUAAAUAAAUAAAAAACAAGCAACAAAUACAAAAGUUUGAAAAUUUUACAAUAGAGCAUAUUUUUGUUGUUUAUUUUUUUUAUUUUAUUUUAAAUUUUUAACGUAAAACAUAGGAAUGUAAAUAAACGUAAAACAAAAAACAAAAAAACAAAAAAAAAAAAUGGGUAAAGGACACGAUGAUAAUAUAAUUAAUUCAGAUCAAGAGGAUUUAGUUGGUUUAACAUCAUCAUCAGAAAUGGAAGAUGAUGAUGGUGAUGAUGAUUUAUCAGAUGAUUGUGAUGGUACUAAUUUAGUUAAUACAAAUUCAAAUAAUUUAUUAAAUGGCCAUUCACAUCAUCAUCAUCAUCAUCAUCAUAAUAGUUUACAACAUCAUAAUCAUCACCAUUAUCAUCAACAUUCAAAUGAUGGAAAUGAUAAUUGUUUUAAUAAUAAUGGUAGAUCAUCAUCAGAUACAAUGCAAUUUAGUUUAUGUAAAACAAAUGCUAAUUCAUUAUCCUUAAUUGAUACAACAACAACUGAAUGGAAUUCAACAACAGAAAAAGAAUAUCAAAAUGCACAACAGCAUCAUCAAAUGCAAUUACAACAUUUUCGUAAAUGUAAAAGGAUAUUUUUAUUAUUAAUUGCAUUCGGUUUUGGUUUAUUAUUAACAUCAUUUUCAUUAUUUAUUGUAUUACCAUUAUAUCAAAAACAAUUAGAAAUUGGUAGAAAAACAAAUAAUUCAUAUGGUUCAAUAUUGUUUAUAUCACCGAUAAUAACAUUUUUAUUAAUAUUAUUAACACAAAUAUUUUCAUGGUUAUUCAAAUGGACAAUACAAGUAUAUAAAUUUCCGGUGAUGCCAAUUAAAAGAUUAUUGGCAAUAUCUUUAUGCUGCGGUAUUGCUGGAACAUUAUGCACAGUAAGUUCAUAUAAAAGAGUGCCAUGUCAUUUACAAGAUCCAUUAAAAGGAGCUGCACUAGUUUAUUCUCUUGUCUUCUAUUUCUUCUUUUGUAAAAAAGUAAUGGGAUUACAAAAGAUUUUCUCAGCAACAACAGCUGUUGUUGGUUUAUUUAUUUCGGUUGAUUAUGGUUUGUGUGAUGAAUUUCGUUGUCAUGGUCAAGAUACAUCGAAUGGCUUUGGUGGUGGUUCAUUAUUAAAUCAAUUAGAGGUUGCAGAUCAAAAAAUUCCACAUACAACUGGUUGGCAAGGUAGAGCAUUUUGGACAUUAUUAUAUGUGAUUGGUUUAAUAUUAUGGACAUUACAUUUAUCAUUAUUAGAAGGGAAUUUGGUUAUGUUGACAUCAAAUCCAUCAAAUCCACCACCAAAUAAUUUAUUAAAAACAAUAUCAAGAUUAGUGUCAAAUUCAGAUCGACAUUUAGAUGAACGUCCACUGGAUAGAGCGAAUUCAUCAUCACAAAAUCCAAAACAAAGGCCAAAACCAUUGCAUAUUGCUGCAUGGAUUCAUAUUAUUUCACUUUUAACAUUAUUAGUUUUUGGUUCUAUUGAUGUUUUCCCAAGUUCUGGUGAGAUUAAACCAUUUGCAAGACAUUGGAUAGAUACUGGUAAUACAUUUAUAUGCCAUCUUGGCAUUGAACCACAAGAAGAUAUUAACCUUAGAGUGGCUAGACGACAUAAAACAUUGGAACACUUAACAAAUUUAACUCCGGGUAGCAUUUUAUAUAAUCAAACCGUCCAAAAAUUACGUCGUGACAAACGUAACACUAAUAUUAAUAAUAAUAGUAAGGAUAAUAUUAAAAUCGAUACAACAGCAACCACCAAUGACAUCAAUAUAAAAGAUAUAAAAGGAUAUAAUAAUAAUGAUAUUAAAAGUGAUAACAGAAAUAAUAUGGAGGAGAAUUAUAAUAAACACAAUAAUAAUAAUAAUAAUAAAAAUAGAAGUAAUAGUAAUAAUAUUAUUAUUACUUCAGAUCCUAAUAUAAAUAAUAACAGUGACGGUAGUAGUAAUAUUAACGGUGGUGGUAAUAGUAAUAAUUACAAUGAUGAUACUAUUGAUGAUGAUGGUUUAAAUAUGAAUGAAAAUUUUCAUGGUGCCCGAAGUAAUAAUUUAGAAAAUCGUCAUUUAAAAUUAUUUCAUCGACGUUUGGGACAUCAUUUCUAUGAGUCUGAACAUUUAAGUAUACAUGAAUUAAAUCACAGUUUACAUCAUGGUUAUUUUAAAAGUAAAUACAGGAAUAUAACUUCAACACAAACGCCUUUAAUAUCACGUUUAAUAAUACAUUCUGAUAAUGAAGAAGAUCGUGUAGAUUGUGGUCGUGUAGCAUCAUAUUCGUGGCUGUUAAUUGCAAAUUAUAUUGCAUUCAUUAUAUUUUUAUUUUAUUUCUUAGAUUAUAGUGAAUCUGCUGUAUUUUCAAUUGCUGUUAUUACAUCAGCAUUACCAUUUAUUGGCCUAUUUUGGUCAAUGUUUCGUUUAGAACAUUUAAAUGGAACUGCAUUUCUUACAUGGGCGCCAUCAAUAUCUGGUGAAUUAAUAUGUUCAUUAUUAGGUGCACCAAUUGUAUUCCUUGGUUUAAUAUUGUUAUAUAGAGCACAUUUUGGUGAUAUGGUAAGACCACCAUCCCGUAAAUCAUCAUCGAAUCCUUAUAGGAGUUUGAGUGAGGCCUAAAAAGAAAAAGAGAACGAAAGAAAAAUUAGAUAUAAAACUGUAUAUGUACAUGUAAAAAAAUUUAUUAAUAAUUUUUAAUAUAAAUUUAAUAUUAAAUUAAAUGUUAUAUGUUUUUUCUAUAAUAAUUUAUUCUUAAUUUUAAAUUUAAUUAAAUAAAUACUGUAUAAUUUGUUAAAAAUCUAUUAUUUAUAUUAAUAUUUUAAAUUUUAAAUUAUUUAAAUAUAAAAUAUCAGUAAAUUAAUUGUUUUUAUCUGAAUUGUAAGUUAAGAAUUCGACGGAAUCAAUCUAAAUAAUAUUUCAAUACGAAUCAGUCAGAAGUAAAUUGAAUUACUUUUACUCAAGAUUUGUAAAUUCUUAUAAGUAACAAUUAAAAUUUUCAAGUUUAAUUAUUAUUUAAAUUUCUAUUUAAAAAAUAAACCCAAUAUAAAUUUUGCAUAUUUUAUACAUAUAUAAAUAAAAUAGAAAUGCAGUUCC